CAUCUCUCUCACCACAUCUUUGGGUUGAGAGCUCUUCGUUUCCGUUUCUGUGGCCUGGGUUUACUCUCCACCUCCAGGCUCCAGCAUAAGCUCGGGUGACUCGAAUCACUUUUAGAAUUCUGCUAAAGUACCGAUCUUUGAUGUAUAAUUAUGGCUAGGAAAAGGAGAGACCGAUUCAGUGAGCUUCCGCUGGAUUUACUUGACAAGAUUUUGGGGUGCAUGCCCAUUUUGCGAGCAGCUAGAUUGGCUGUGUUGUCUACUCUCUGGAGAGAUGCUUGGUUUAGUCUUACAACACUGGACUUUAAUGAGGACUUCUCUCAUCACAUAAAAGACAAGUAUUAUGCGUACUAUGCUCAUAGUGAUAGAAGGACCCAGAGAGCAAUAUAUCACAAUACUAACGUUGAUAUCCUCGUCUCUAUGAGUUUGUCUAUAAUCAACAAAGUGCUGAUGCAUCACAAGGGACCUAUUCACAAAUUUUGCUUUGGAGUUCAGAACUAUGAGCGUGAUUCACUUGGGUCACAAGUACUUGACAUCUAUCAAUGGCUCACUUUUGUCACACAAAAGGGUGUUGAAGAAAUUCACCUCAAUUUUGAUAAAGAUGACGGAUUCUUACUGCCAAACUGCAUCUUUUCCUGCCAAACAUUAAGGAAGUUGCGUCUUUAUGGAUCGACUUAUGACACAUCAAGUGCCCCUUGCAUGUUACCGAAUUUCACUUCACUUUAUUUUGAUUAUGUUGACUUUGAGGAUAGUAGUCAUACAAUUAAUGCUCCCAUGCUUGAAAAUCUGUCAUUUGUAUCAUGUUAUGAAACCUUGUUCCAUUUUAACGUUACUGCUCCGAAACUUAGUACGUUAGCAAUUCAAGGUUGUUCCUUUCAUCAAACCAUUGGCAAUCUUCCCAUUAAAUACUCGACUUGGGAAUCUGUUCGUACUCUUCUUCUGGAUGGUUACUCAAUCGAGAAAUUUUUUGGACCUCUUAUUACACGGGGGCUGCCACUAUAUCCAUCUCAACUACCAAAUGUGGAAUACUUGAUGGUUCUUGAAGCCCCACUCGAGUGCGAUGAUGCUACUUUGUACCCUGUAGAGAGUGAUAUUUCUCUUACAUUCAUUCAUGUGCUGCAGUUAUUCCCAAGCUUGUGCAAACUUCGUAUAGAUGUAUCGCUUUUUGAAAGGAUGGGAAGUUGUUUAGACAGGCAGUCAAAACUUCCAGAGGAGCUUUUACGUGUGGCUCAAACACUUAACUUGCUUCACACUUUGAUUUUGAGUGAUGCCUUCAUGUGGAACGAAACGAAUUUGCUGCCUGGGAUCAAGGGGUUUCUUGCAUGCUUCCCAACACUUAAGAAGUUUGUCAUUGGAAGAGAGUUCAAUCUCAAAACUAUUAAGGAAAUAUUGCAUUUCCCACGUGCCUCCCCAAAAGUAGAAAUAAUGUUCAUCUAAAAAUUAUGUUGUAAAAUAGUUAUGGAUUAAACAUAAAGUGAUAGCAAAGACCAAUUAUAGAUUAAACAUAAAGUGACUAAAUUGUAGUGACCAACUAGUAAUGUUUGUUGUUUAAACUAAAGAUUUGAAAGUGGUCUGGGUAAAUGGUAUUUAAAAG